AUGUCCAAACAAGGCGAGAUCAAGAUGAGGGGCGCAGGUGGCCGCGCCUCCAUCCCUACACCUGCUGUCCGGUUCCCCGCCGGUGACGCAAACGCCUCGUCCAAGUCCAAGUCUGCACAGCUCCCUCGCGACAGCAAGGUAUUGGUCGUCAAGAAGCCCAAGCGAUCUUCGGGCUUCUCGGGCUGGCUCUUCUCGUUUGCCAGCAAGGUCACCAUCUUCUACCUUAUCUUUGCCGCUCUCUGGACUUGUCCUUCGCGUCCGUUCGCUUUCGACUACUCAGCCAAGGACUCUCGCCCCGUCUGUCGUAACUUGGCCCAGGCUCACGACCAGAUCGCUCCCAUCCUUACGCCCUACAUCCACCUCGCUCAACAGAAAGCGGAGCCUUACACUCGUCCCGCCGUCAAGGCCGCCACGCCUUGGAUCAAGAGAGCUCAAAAGGUGUCUCGCCCCAUCUAUCGUGAAGCCGAUAAGCGUGGACGUCUGCUUUGGAAGAAGCGUAUCGACCCUGCGCGUCGCCGUGCUCUCAAGAGGGCUCACAAGCAGAUCGAUCCUUACCUCAAACAGGCUCACCACUACCACAAGGCCAACGUCCAGCCUCACAUCGACACGGUGCACAGGGCUGUCAAGCCGUACCACGACAUCUACCAGCGCGAUGUCUCGCCCUACAUCGACCAAGCGUACCAGUACAGCCUUCACUCCUCUUCGGUAUCGUACGCCUUUUACAUGGACAAGGUGCAUCCGCGUGUCGUCCACUCCGUCAAGCAGAUCUACAGCUUCUUGAUCAACCACGUCGACCCCGCCGUCCGUCGAUUCUAUAGCCUCUACGUCCGACCUCAGCUCGACCGCUUGCUCGCCAAGGUGUAUGAGCGCAAGGCUCACUGGCUCGGCUCCGACGCCAUCAAGGCAGCUCAGCAGGAGAUGAAGCACACAGCCAAGCAAGCAGACAAGCACGCUCAGGAGGCGAUCAAGAAGGCAAGGCAGAUGAGGCGCAUGGUAAAGGGGGGCCGAGUUAUUCAGCUCCGUCCGCUGCAGUCUUAUCGACAGUGGAUUGGAAGGUGUAACAGACACCAUGUUGCAUCAGCCGCUGACGAACUUUGCCUCUCUUUUUCUUGUAUACAUCCUUUCUGCCUCCAUCCCCUUUCCAUCCCUGUACUAUAUCGGUCGGCACCAUCACACCAUCAGGAACAAGACGCAAUCAAGGCUCAGAACGACCCAUCACUGCUCGACCGAGUCAAACAGGCAAAGGAUGCCGUCUAUGACACAGCCACCGGCACAGAAACCGACGCCAUCAAAGUCGCUCAGCUCGACGCCGAACUCGAUGCUGAAGAGAAGAAGGUCAAGGAUCUCCUCGAAGUGUGGGAGACGGGCAUGACGGAUCUCAUUGGAAAAGAAUACAAGCUUGCCGUCGAUCGUCUCGCCGAGCUGCGCAACAAGGCUCUGGCAGAUUUGCCCGAUCGCUUUGGACUCGUCAACGAAGCCUUUGUCGAAGACUCGGUUGCACUCAUCCUGAACCGAGUCGAACGUGGCCUGCGCAAGAUCUCGGCCCGUUCCUCUGACUCUGAAGCGCAAAAGAUUGCAGCUGGCAAGCAGCUCGUCGACCAGCAGGUGGCCAAGUUCGAUGAGGCAGCGUUCGACACCAAGGCGCAAAUCUCGGCGUUCUACGAAAACUUGCUACAGGAGGAAAGGCAGACGAUCGAAGCGAGCAGUGCCGAGGUGCGUCGCUACGCCGCGGCUGCCAAGGACGCCUACGAUGGGAUCAUGCGCGAUGCCAAGUUCGCCGCAACCAUGGACGACUGGCAAGGGUGGGACAUUGGCGUCCGAAAGCGCGCUGCUCUUUUCACUGAAGAACUGCUCGCAGUGCAGAGCGGCAAGAAGGCCGUCAGCACCUCUUCUGGUGCCGUCGACCUGCGCAAAGAGGCGCCCGACAUGCAGAAGGAGAUCAACUCGCUUCGAAGCUGGUCCGACAAGCUGCACGGCUCGGCAAGGAAGGAGCUCGUCGCGUACGCUGACACUGCGCUGGCUCAGCUCGCGGGCUCGGGCGUCGCUGCCAAGAUUUCGGACGUCACCGACAGACUCGCCGAGCAGGCUAGUCGUAUCAGCACCGAUGCUGCUGCUGGCAUGCUCGGCGCUGUCGGCUUGGCUCGAGGCAAGCUUGGGCUCAGCGAGCCUGCCAACGAGAGUUACUAUGCGCGUGCCAAGGCGUACGUCGCAUCGGGCUCUGGAUCCGGAUCGUCGUUCGAUGACUACGUCAACAGUCUCAAUGGCAUGGCAGCUGCCGCGAGCAGCUCCGUCUCGUCUGUUGCUGCUCAGGCAAGCAGCAGCGUCUCCUCGGCAGUCUCGGCCGCGUCACCCUCUUCUGCGGCUGCUCAGGCUUCUGCUGCUGUGGCGGGAGCGGUUGGCGGCGCCGCUGCAAACGUGAAAGCAGUUGCCGGCUCCGCUGGAAAUGCGGCCGCUUCUGCUGCGUCGUCUGCUUCGUCGGCCGCGAGCGUGGCCAGUCGCAGCGUCGCUUCUGCCGUCGGCGCUUCGCCCUCCCCCGAAACGUUUGGAGACUAUGUGGAAGCUGUCACUGCCGGUGUCGCAGGUGUGGCAGGCGGUGUUGCUCAGCGCGCUGCGUCCGCCUCGUCCAGUGCGGCGUCGCUUGCAUCCAAGGCUAGCCGCAGUGCAGCUUCUGCUGUGGGUGCGUCUCCAACUCCGGACACCUUUGCUGACUACGUCGAGGCGGUUCAAGAGAACGCCAGUGCUGCUGCGAGCAAGGCCGGCGGGCGCUUCGUCUGCUGCGUCGGCAGCGUCCGUUGCGUCCAAGUCUGCUUCUUCGGCCGCAUCCGUCGCUUCGAAAUCGGCCAGCUCCGCCCUUAG